UGACUUGCUAUCCGGCUGUUUGUUUAUUUACUUUGUUGACUUGCUUAUGAUGUGAUUGUGUUGAGUUUCCGACUUGCGGCAGCCGCUCAUACAACAGUGGGUAUUUCUUAACGCUCGCUCCCACUGGGCAGUCAGUUGGUGUCGUUGAUGCCGCGUUGAAUCAUACAAUUAUUAAAAUGCUCGGAUGCCAAGUGCCCUCUCACUAGUAAAGAGAAGAUAUCAAAAGGGGAAAACGUCAAAAAAAUUAAAAUAAUAAUAAAAUAAAACUAAAAACGAAACAGUUGAAUGAGAAAUGAAGAAUUUGUCUGCUGCUGCUGUUGUUGGAAGAGAUAGAAGUCAGCCAGCAAUGUGGGCAGUUAUACAGAGACUUGCGCGACGAUAUGACGUGUAUUUUUAAUGUUUGUUGUUGACGACACGUUUUGAAUGUGAUUUCCAACUGAGAUGAAUUGAAUUUAAAAAUUGUUGUUCGUGUGUGUGUUGAAUUUGCACAAUUUGGUUUUAGUUAAGGCCUGUUGAGCGUUUUGAAUUCUGUACGCGAAAACACAAACUUUCCGAAUUGUAGUAGCUGCGAAUUCACGCAAUCAAUUAAAUUUGCAACUCCAAUCUGUCAAACAAAUUUACCCAAUCUUUGUAGUCAAGAACAACUAUUUUGUAUUUAUUUCAUUUAUCAGCGGCAGGAAAGAAUUCCGUGUUAUCGAAAACUGCAAAGUAAACAGCGACGAACUUUAGGAACGUAGGAACGGUGUACAAACGAAAAAUGCAAAAAAUGCUCAAAGCGGCAAAAUAUUAGGUUGAAUUACAGGCAUACUGCAGUAAUAAUUAAACAAAAAAAAUUUACGGUGAACGGAAAACGCAUAACGGACUAAAAAAGUGACAAAACAAAUAUAAAAAUAUAUAGAGUGCAGACAUAUGUAUGUACUUAUGUGCAUAAACACUUAGUGAAUGGUGAGUUUAGCUCCAAAAGUGCAAGAGUGAAUUUUUCUAGAGGCGCUUCUCACCGGUUGAUCUUUCAAUCAGUUUCCGUUGCUGCGCCGCUCAUUCUGCGAAUCGUGGUGAAAGAGAGUGGUCGUAUGUUGUUGCCCAAGGUGUGGAUUCGCCGUGGUUUUUGUCGUUGUGGUGGCACCGUGCCAUUUGUAUUCGUACCUAAUUACAUACACAUAUAUGUACAUAUGUAUGUACAUGAAAGUGGUCGCAAUCUGCGGAGGUUCAAGAUUCGUUGGCUGAUAAUAGAAAAGUUGAAUACUUGUGUUUUUCUUUUGAUUCGAAAUUUUGUUAUUUUAAUUUGUGUUUAUUGUUGUGUAUCGUUUUUCUGAUUUGCAAAUGUAAUACACAAAUCAACAAGUGUAGCUUACUUAUGCCGUUCGUAGCUGUUAAAAAGUGAAAAAUAAAAAGUGAGAAUAAAUACACCACACAUACAUGAAUACAUAAAUACAUAUGCAUAAGCAUAUUAUUUACUCCAUUGUAAUAGCCAAUAGUGAGAAAACAUAAAAAAUUUGUUUUUGGAAUAAACUACGAAAAAAUGCACGUGUUUGGUUCUCCAACAGCCCGCAAAGUUCACAAAUUCCUUUAACGAUCGCUAAGUACUUUAUGGAUAACUGUAGAAACCCACAACGACAAAAACGCAAAGAGAUUUCGUCGCUUAUACAAAUAAACCAAUUGUUGUGAACUGUGUGCAACGAAACGAAAGGUAAAGUAGCAACAAAGUAAUUCUAACAAAUCCAACAACACCAAAACAGCAAAACAAUUGUUGCUUACUACAAAAGUGAAAAGAUAAAAUAUUCGAAAAGCAAAGUCAUUGCAGCAAAUAGCGCGCAACUAAAAUCGCACCAAAACAAGCACGUGCGCUACGACAAUAACAACAAUAUCGCAGAAAAAGAUUCCUCCUCAUAGGUGUCGCGCUGAUCGGCCCCGGCCUAAGGGGCCAUGACGCGUUGGCCCUUUCAUUAUUUAUUAUUGCUCUCGGUGGCAGUAUUCUGUGUACCGGGUGUCAUAGCGUUGCGCGACGAACGCAAUAGGACCAUACUCAAUGUUGGCUAUCUAACAGCCAUUACCGGUGAACUAAUGGACAAGCAGGGUCUGGCCAUUUCAGGUGCACUCACAAUGGCUUUAGAUGAGAUCAACAACGAUACCAACUUGCUGCCAAAUGUUAAAUUGCAGUUGCGCUGGAAUGACACAAAAGGUGACACGGUGACUGCUACCAAAGCCAUAACCGAAAUGAUAUGCGAUGGCAUUGUGACGAUAUUCGGUCCAGAGGGUCAUUGCUAUGUGGAGGCUAUAGUAUCGCAAAGUCGUAACAUUCCAAUGAUAUCAUAUAAAUGUGCUGAAUACAGAGCAUCUGCGAUACCGACAUUUGCACGCACCGAGCCGCCAGAUACGCAGGUGAUUAAGUCGGUGAUUUCGUUAUUGCGUUACUAUGGCUGGAAAAAGUUCUCCAUUUUGCAUGAUGAGCUGUGGACCACUGUCGCUGAUUUGCUCAAAGAACAGGCCACCAAGAGGAAUAUGACAAUAAAUCACAAGGAAGCGUUUCUAACAAAUAUGCCAAAAUGCUGCGCCCUAGGGUUGCCAUGCUGUCGCACGAGUUUUUGGUAUCAGACUGUACAAAAUACAAUGAAUCGCACACGCAUAUAUGUCUUCUUGGGCUCGGCGAGCUCUCUGGUCGACUUUAUGCUCUCCAUGGAAACGAGCAACUUGUUCCUCAAAGGUGAAUACAUGGUCAUCUUUGUCGAUAUGAUGCCCUAUACACCAAAAGAAGCCGAAAAGUAUUUACGAAAACCGGACCAUGUUGAGGCGAUGAAAGUUUGCCACGAAUCGGAGAGUUUCAAGCAAUUGGCGCGCAGUUUGCUAGUCGUGGCGUCGACGCCACCAACGGACAGUUACGAAAAUUUCACGGCCAAAGUGCGCGAAUACAAUGCAAAGAAGCCGUUCGAUUUUCUUGUGCCAUCGUUAUUUUACAAUAAUAAAUAUCUUAAGUUUGUUUCUAUAUAUGCCGCUUACCUCUAUGAUUCCGUUAAGCUCUAUGCCUGGGCGUUGGAUAAAUUGCUGCGCCAGGAGGAGCGCAUACUGACGGAUGAUGUGAUAUACGAUGUAGCUAGUAAUGGAACUAGAAUAAUUGAGACUAUUAUCAAAAAUCGUACUUAUAGAAGUAUCACUGGUGCAACCAUAAAAAUAGACCAGAACGGUGAUUCCGAAGGAAAUUUCUCAGUACUGGCCUAUAAGCCACACAAACACUACUUUAGUGAUAAUGUAUCCUGUAAUUCUCAUAUGGUACCGGUGGCCUAUUUCCAACAAGGAGAAGAUAUUCCAGAAUACAAACUCAUCAAUGGCUCUGUACGCGUUGACUGGCCAUCGGGAGGUGAUCGUCCUUUCGAUGAACCCAUGUGCGGCUUUGCCAAUGAGCUGUGCAAAAAAGACGAUCGACAUAUCACAUCUGUGGUGGCUGCUGGUGUACUUGGCUUACUGUUAUUCUGUGCGGGUGUCAUCACGAUGAGUAUUUAUCGAAAGUGGAAAAUCGAGCUGGAAAUCGAGGGUCUACUAUGGAAGAUUGAUAUAGGAGAGAUAAAGGGGUACUCUGGGAAUGAUAUCGUCUCAUCGCCAAGUAAGUUGAGCUUAGUGAGUGCCCAAUCGUUUGGAUCGCGUUGCUCAAAUCAAGUAUUCACCUCGACGGCACGCUUACGCGGCGCUGUCGUGCGCAUCAAGGAGUUGAAGUUUCCGCGGAAGCGGGACAUCUCACGCGAAAUAAUGAAAGAAAUGCGUUUGUUGCGCGAACUACGCCAUGAUAACAUAAAUAGCUUUAUUGGGGCUUGUGUGGAGCCGACACGUAUACUACUAGUCACCGAUUACUGUGCCAAGGGCAGUCUGUACGACAUAAUCGAGAAUGAGGACAUCAAGCUGGAUGAUCUGUUCAUUGCCUCACUGAUUCACGACUUAAUAAAGGGCAUGAUAUACAUACACGAUUCGCAGCUGAUGUUCCAUGGAAAUUUAAAAUCAUCGAACUGUGUGGUUACUUCGCGUUGGAUGUUGCAAGUGGCCGACUUUGGAUUGCACGAGUUGAGAAAUUGUGCAGAAAGCGAGUCCAUAGGAGAGCACCAGCACUACAGAAAUCAAUUUUGGAAAGCACCCGAAUUGCUUCGCAAUCCACACAUCUAUGGCACCCAAAAAGGAGAUGUUUACGCAUUUGCCAUAAUUAUGUACGAAAUAGUGAGUCGAAAAGGUCCAUUCGGACAGGUCGCGUACGAGCCAAAGGAGAUUGUAGAUCGGGUAAAAGAGCUGCCGUUAGCCGGCAGCAUACCGUUUCGGCCUGAAUUAGAAUGCAUAAGGGAACAUGAGCUGUGCCCCGACUAUGUGUUGGAUUGUAUAAAAGAUUGUUGGAGUGAGGACCCUGAAAUAAGACCCGAUUUUCCAACUAUACGCAAUCGCUUGAAGAAAAUGCGUGGCGGUAAGACGAAAAAUAUUAUGGACCAAAUGAUGGAAAUGAUGGAAAAGUAUGCCAAUAAUUUGGAGGAUAUCGUUACCGAGCGCACUCGCAUGUUGUGCGAGGAGAAACGCAAAACAGAAGAUUUAUUACAUCGCAUGUUGCCGCGCACCGUGGCGGAAAAGCUGACAAUGGGUCAGGGCGUCGAGCCAGUGUCUUACGAUCUGGUUACUAUCUACUUCAGCGACAUUGUGGGUUUUACUGCUAUGUCGGCAGAGAGUACACCACUGCAGGUGGUGAACUUCUUGAACGAUCUCUACACGGUAUUCGAUCGCAUCAUCCGCGGCUAUGAUGUGUAUAAGGUGGAGACCAUUGGCGAUGCUUAUAUGGUGGUUUCCGGCUUACCAAUCAAGAACGGGGAUCGACAUGCUGGCGAAAUCGCUUCAAUGGCUCUGGAUCUGCUGCAUGCAGUGAAGCAACAUCGCAUAGCACACCGUCCCAACGAAACGCUCAAGUUGCGCAUCGGCAUUCACACUGGUCCCGUGGUUGCUGGUGUAGUUGGUCUGACUAUGCCGCGCUACUGCCUAUUCGGCGAUACAGUAAACACAGCGUCGCGCAUGGAGUCGAACGGAGAGGCGUUAAAGAUACACAUAUCAGGCAAAUGUAAAGAGGCACUUGACAAGCUCGACGGCUAUGUGACCGAGAAACGUGGACUUGUGGCGAUGAAGGGCAAAGGUGAGGUGGUCACAUACUGGCUGACAGGCGCUACAGAGAAGGCAAUACAGCGGAAGCUGGUGGAUAUGACUGAUAUGCCACCGCCACUGUUCUGCCGACCGCGCAAAAGUCCAAAGCUGAAUAGUGACUCACGUCAACCGAGUAUUGUAGGCAUGCACUACUAUGGCGGUGGCUCGCGUCGUACAUCAAUGGUGCCACGCACAGAUGUAGAGUCCAAUUACAGCCUGCAAGGUUCCACAUAUCAUGUGGCACGCGACUCGCCACAUCUGUCGUCGCGUCGUUACGAUCGGCCGUCCCUGAAUGGUAUCGGUGGCAAUAGCAUACCAGAACGCAUGAGCUACUAUGGUGGCUAUGGUGGUGCAGGGGGUGGUGGUGACAGAAGUGGGAGUGUCGGCGAGACUUACACGCUACUGGAGUCAACACGCGCAUCAAACAACACACUGGAGCAUUCCGAAAACGAAACGAACUGUGAUAAUGAGUGCGUGAAUGGGUAUGGUGACGGAGAUAGUGGUGGAGGCAGUGGAAUAAUCAGUCGUGAAAGAAGUGGUAUUGAUGUGGUGAGCAUUAUUGGUAGUACACUGUUGGGAGGUGCACACCGUGCGCCACAUUCCGUUGCUAGCUCACCCAGCCACAAGCCACUUGCCUUGGUACGUCCACAUCGGCGCAUUAUCAGCGAAAAGCUGCCAUCUUCAGCCUCCAUACAAGAGUUCAGUGAUAUCAGUAGGCAUCCGACUGUCGCUCAAACGAUUUUACUGCGUGAAACACGCUCCCUUGAUCCAAUGCCAAUGCAGCUGCGCAAGCGAAACGAGCCUGUCAAACUGCCACCGUCCAAACUUUGUAAGAACAAUUCACGUUCCUUGGAUGCAGUUGCAGCAAUCGGUGCAAAGGAGGACAAAGCAACUGAGUCUGAAAGCGCAAAUAUGAAUGGAGUCGAGUGCGACGAAGUAGAUGAGGUGGGACUGUUGGAUCACCAAGAUGCCACCGCGGACGUAGAUACAAAUAAUCUGGAGGGCGACGACUACGAUGACGAUGUUGGUCUGCUGAUGCGAGAUAAUGGCGGUUUACGAUACGGGCUUAGUAGCAGCCUGCAACCGACUGUAGUGCCUGUGGCAUCCACCCUGCUAAACCGUAGACGCAGUGGUGGCCACGUUAUUACCGUUGGUGGGAGCGGUAUUGUUGGUGGUGCAUUACUACCCUACAAGCACCUGAACAACAACUGCAAUGGUGGCAUGACCAUCGAAGAGGAUGCGCAAUCGCCACUGCUGCAACGACAGGCAUCCCUCACUGGUCCACCCGAUGAAAUACUGGCGCGCACGAAACGUUGGCGCUCCUUGGAGACGCUGGAACAUGCAAACAUUAAUGUAACAACGCUGACGAACGCCAACAGCGGGCGAGGUGUUAUUGGUGGCAUGCCGCAUCUCAGCAGCCACACCGGGCACAAUAGCGUCAGCUACGCUCCCGACAUCGAUGGCAGUCGUGCUUCCGGUUCAACAGCGCCAGGUUCCUCUACAGCGACGCGCAGCGGAAAUACUUUCACUACAUGGAUAUGGCGUAUAAUUCAGGGCAACGUCAAGCGGCCCAAUGAUUCGUCACUGCGGCGCGUAGUGCCGAGUGGGGUGCAUGCCCCGCACGUUUUCACAGACAUGCCGACGACGACGACGGCGCGCACACGCGAUCGGGAGAGUAUUGUGUAGAGUAAGAGUAAGAAUGGAGAAAAAAUCGGGGUUUGUGCAAUAUUGUGCUAGGUGUGGAGGGAACUGAGGGCGCAAAUAGGCGAAAAAGUUGCAUUAAUUUUCUAUGGCGGCGUGCAAAUUUCCUAAUUUACCGUUAGUAGAAAAACAUUUAAUUCACCUGUUUAGUAUUUCCAUACAAACACGGGCGUACAUAAAUUUGCAUUGUAUUUGCAAACUAAAACGAUCAAAAAAUGGGAAUUGUAUGCUAAAAUUUAUUUAACAGUUUUAGUGCUGUACGCGAUUUUGACCUGCGCUUGGCAUUUGCAGGAGAAAAUUGCAGGAGAAAAUUAAUGCAAUUAGUCUCAGGAAAAUACGAUUUUCGAAAAAUCGCUUUUCGAAGAAAUUUGAAUUGAAAAAUUGUAGCUAAACUAAAACAAGAAAUAUUUCUCUUUAGUUAAAUUCUCCCUCUAAAAGCGCUGAGAAGAAGCGAAGCCUCUGCAUAGGCGAGCCAUUUGUGGAUCUUAUUUGUAAAGCAAUGCUUUAUCACAUUUUUCAAAGUAGUGCACCAACAAAAAAUGCACUUUUUCUUAAUACGCACAUACAAGUAAGUGCUAGAAAAAAAUUACGAAGACGCCAACCAACAACGACGCAUUCAGUAGAGUUGCGAUUAUUUACAGGCGGAAAGUGUGGAAUAAGCUCAUAUGUGCAUAUGUAUAUACUGCUGCUAGAGGUUUCUACCAUAUGAUACAUACAGGUAUAUGUAUGUAUGUAUGUACAUGUGAUGGUGAUACAUACACUAUACAUGGAAGUCUUGAAAUUAAAUAUUGAACAUUUUUAAAGUCCUAAGCUGCAGGAUUUGAUCUCAAGCUAGAGUCGUAAACAAUUUUCACUAAAUACAUAAAUUAUAUAUUUUUUGUAUAUAUAUUUCUUCUUUUUCAUAACUUCUUUCGCGUAGUCAAUGAACUCUAAACUCUAAUGCAUUGCAACUAAUGCUCCUUGUCUUUUCUCAUGAAACCCUUAAAUAAUUGGAACUCUACACACACACAAAUGCGCGAGUAUAAGUAGUUAAAAAAUACAAAACAAAAAUUAAAAUACAAUAAUUAAAAAUACAUAACAUAAAUUUAUCUAGUCAGCAGACACCAGACUAGUUUUGGUUACAUUUUUUUAUGUAAAAUAAAAGUAAAUAAUAUGUAUAUUUUUUUUCAAAUCUAAACAACAACAACAAAUGCAUUGAAGCGCCAUAAAUGCUUUCUAGUAGGUAAAAGUGCAGUUAGGAAUAAAAUAAGAACGAGUAAAUAUGCAGCCACAAAAGAGAACAAUAAAAAAAUGUAAAAAAAAACAAAGCACUUGGAAUAUAUUUUGAAAAAGCGACAAAUGUCUUUUUCAAAACCUAUAUAUACAUAUAUAUUUAUAGGACAAUUGUCCCUUAUUGUUAGCUGCAAAAAUCAUAAGACUUCUUCACCAAACAAAAUACAUUUUAAUUUAAUUUAAAAAAGAAAACUUAGUUUUUAAUGAUAAGCGGAGUUGAACUAAAAAUGUUAAAAAUGCUAUAAAAAGUAAAUCAAAAACGUAAAAUGUAUGUAAAAAAUUAAUGUGAACUAUUUUAAUAAGUGUGCAUGUAUGUGUGUAUGUGUGUCAGUAUGCACGUGUAUAUGUGUGUAUGUUGUAAACGUGAAAGUAAAAAUAGUAAUAAUUAUUUUGUAAAAAGUAACGAAAUGCCUAGGCUGCGUUUUUAAAAGGUGCAGUGUGUGUGUGCGUGUGUGAUGACGUGCUUGGGCGCAUAAUUAAAGUAUAUAUAUAUGUAUAAAUGUAUUUAAAACGUAAUUUAAAUAAAUGGUAAAUAUUAUUUCAUACUAAUUUAGUAGCUGAACAAAUUUUUUGCAAACAAAAAUCAAUCCAAAAUGGAUUAUCAUUAAAAUGUAUUGUAUUCAGUUCGCACAUACAUACACAUACUUGAAUAGCUAAUCUAUAUGUAGUGACUAUUAAACUGUUAACAAACCCAUAAACUCUAUGUAUAUUUAUGUAAGUGUAAAGCUAGUUAAGUUGUUUUUGUAAAAAUUACCGCUCUUCCUAAAAACAAAAGAAAAAUUACGUCAAUUUUUGAAAAAUUAUUAAAAUAAGUAAUUUGUAUGGCAUUGCUUUGCGCAGCCUUGCGUGUGACCCUGCCACCAAACGCUGCAGCAAGCAAUUUACAUGCAUACAAAUGUACAGUUGUUGUAAUGACGCAUGUGAUUAGCUGGGCUUGCGCGCUUGCGCCAAUAUAACCGGGCGCACGCCAUUUGAGUGCCGCUGUGAAAAGUCUUAGUAAAUGCAAAUUAAAAUUUUAUUAGCCAAAUCGCGCAUCUAUUAAAAAACAAAACCAAAAAUAACAAAUAAACUCUUUGAAAAAAAAAAAAUUGAAUUUCGCUAUAAUGAAUACCUUCAAACGCUUUUUGUAUGUGGAACCCAAUAAGCUGCUUGUGCUCAAGGAGCGUGCAAGCGCUUCACAAAGCUAGCAAGCAAAAGCAAAAACAAAAAAUGGCACCUAGCAUGCAAAAUAAUUUUCUAAGAAAUCAAAGAAAGAAACAUAUCUUCGAAAACUGCAUACUUUCUGCCUUCGCAUUUGUUAGCACAACGAAAAUCAAAAUUUUCUGGUAGUCCACUUUCAUGGCCACAAUCUGUCUGUCCAUGCAUUAGUCACUUUGCGCUCUGUGUAAAUGUUGUAAAUCCUCUUCUUCUUUGUUUUUUUUUUUUUGUUUGUAUGUAGUAGCUAAAAUAUUGUGUGACAAAUGUAAUUUAAAUGCAUAUUUAAUAUUCAUAUUUCGUGUGUUUGAAAUGUACGUUAUUGUUGUCUAGUUUUAAUAAAGAGAAAUAUUUAAAUCAACCAACAAAAUGAAAAUAUUGAAGUAAAACAAGCAAAUUUUGUCUCAGAAAUCAAAGGCGUUUGAGUUGAAUUUAGCAAGAUCAGAAUCAGAAAAGCUAUAAAAUCCAUAAAUAAAUACUAUUUAAUAAGCGUUUUAGCAAAUACAAUAUACAAAAAAAAAACAAAAACAAGAAAAGGAAACGAAAUCUAUAAAUAUGUAUGUAUAGCCAUUUGUAUUGUCUGUUGUUGUAGUUAAUAAGUGUUUAUGUGCACUUCUGUGUCUCAUUUAAUUAGCUGUGAGCUAACACCUAGCUUACACACAUACACAUACACAUAUUUAACACACACACAAAACAUAUACAAAAGGAGCAAAACAUAAAAACGAAACUACCUACAAUUUUAUGAUAAAAAGUGUAUAAUAAUAGCGAAAAAUUUGAUUAUUUGUAUGUGAGACGCACAGGAGCAAACAAAUUGAGUUACUAUUGAAGCAAAUGAAAAUAUAUAAAUUCAUGUUGAUGCAGAAAAAAAUCAAAA